UCACAACAAAACCAAUUCAACCAAAAAGGAAUAGUUUCAUUGAUAAGGAAACUCAAAGCUCCAACGUUUGAUCUCAAAAGGGUAACAUAUAUGUAUAAAAGCAUCAUAUAUUUGGUCUGCAAAUAAAGGAAAACAAGCAAGUUGAAACAUAAAAUUAAGCAACAGAAAUGGCAAUGAGGCAGCGAUCAGGAGGAGUUACGGCUACCCUACCACAAAAAUCUGCCAGUCUCUCACAUGAGGAUUUCCAGCCAAGGUCGGAGAGGAAGGAAGAAGCAGCAGCUACUGUUAUACUUGUUCAUCUUCCUGGCUUUGUGAAGGAGAGAAUAAAAAUCAUAUAUGUGCAAUCCUCUCAUAUCUUAAGGGUUAGUGGAGAGCGACCACUAAACGACAAUAGAUGGAGCCGUUUCGAGCAAGCUUUUCCGGUUCCAGAAAAUUGUGACGUUGAUAAAAUUCAAGGCUUAUUUCAGCAGGGAAUUCUCACAAUCACAAUGCCCAAGAAGAUCAUUGCAAAAGUUCGUCCAGUUGAAGAACCUAAAGCAAUCCAAAAAGCUACAAGCAAUCCAAAGCCUCAAGAGGUUCAGAAGGAGAUUCCUCCUCCUCCUCCUCCUCGCCCUACUUCAGCUAAAACAACAGCCCAGAAAGCUCCAAGUCCUCCGAAAUCUGUUGCGGAGCCAACGCUUCAAAAGGUUUUAGAGGAGAUUCAUCCUAAGGCUACUUUCCCUAAAACGGCCCAAAAUGCUCCAAGCCCUCCGAGGUCCACAGCGGAGCCAAAGCCUCAAAAGGUUCAAGAGCAGAUUCCUCCUAAGCCUACUUCAACUUCUGAGGUUGAAAAACAAAGGGAUCAUGAGAAGAUAGCUUUGCCUCAAGGCCUUGGGAAAGCUGUCACCGAGCCAAAGAAGGUUGUAGAAGACAUUCGUUCAACCGCCGUAGAAGAAAGUAAGACUGCUCAGUCUCUGAUCCCUCAGAAAGCCACCAUCGAGCCUAAAGCCCAAAAGGGUGAAGAUGCAAUUCCUCCAAAAGCUGCUUCAACAACAGACACACAAAAGCAAAUGAACAAUAUUGAUCAAAAGUCCAUCGAAAAGAAGGAUGCAUUGAUGAAGGAAAUUGGGAAGGCUGAGAAUUUGAUGGAAAGGAAAAUGGUUAAGGGAAAGGAAAGUGUACAGAAUAUCGCAGAGUCAGCAAUGGCUGAAAUGGAGAAGAAAGAGAGAUCUACAGAGGACUUUAUUGCUGAGAAAGGAAAGGGAAUGAAGACUGCAAUGGAGUCUGCUAAGGAGAAAGUGAAGGAUCUAAGAAGCAGGAGCCUGAAUGAGGAAGAGAGGCAGACACUGGUAAAUGUUGGUGUAGCAGUUCUGGUGAUUGUGGCACUUGGAGUUGGAGUUUAUCUCUCCUACCACCAUAGCUCCUCGAUCUGGAAUAGAUGAAAACUAGUUCCAAAAGUAAGAGUCAUUCUCUUGUGUUAACAAAAGCAUUGAAUUUCUGUAAUUUUAUAAAUUAUAUAUGAUAUAUCUAUGUAUAAUAUAUACACACACUAAUGCUUUGACAUGCAUGUUCUGUCUCUAA